CUUGGUUCUUUUGUCUUUUCCAUCCAGCAGAAUUUUUUCUCCUUCCGGUGUGUAUUGGGACGCGUGUCUACACCAUGGCAUUGAUACAAUCGCUCUCAAGCGUUGCCAUCCCUGAUUGGGUCCAAGUUUCGCGCAGCCACUCCAUCGAACAACAUCUACAUACCUCAUACACAACUGUCACGACACUGCAUGCAAGCCAAUGCAAGCUCAACUUCCCUCGUCGGUUUUAGGUUUGUUGGCUACAGGUUGCGAUUUUGCCUUAACUAGACAGAAAGAACAAGAAUUCAUCUGGAACCAGAAAAAACCUUUCCGGUUGACGUUUGUAAAGGGCCUGUUCAUUUCAAUGCGAUAUCUGGCCUUCGUCAUUCACAUCGUAAAUAUCGUGCUUUCGAGUAUAUGGUCAGUCGAGUUCUCCAAUGCGCAGCGGGCCUCCGAAGAGGCAUGCAGGAUUUUGUUGAUAUUUCAAAUUAUAUCCUGCUAUACGAUGCUCCUUUUAUUGCAGUUAAUUCUUAUGCUUCGAGUGUUCGCUCUUUACAACCGUAGUUUGAGAAUGGCCAUAUUUCUCUUCUUGUUGUUUGCAUGCAGAACGGCCAUGUCAAUCUACACCUCGUUCAGUAAAAGCGCCCACUCUCCCAGGCACAUUAAGUUUGGUAGGUAUUGCAUCCCCAAAAUUUCAUUGAGAGAGCAGUCUAUAGGGAAUCCUACCUUGGUGUUCAUAUAUGGAGAGCUGCUUGUUCAAUUGGUGAUUCACGGACUGGCUUGGAAGCGAACUAUCUGGGAUCUUCGCCAAUAUUAUUCAUACCCUCCCCCGGCGUUAUUGUCCGUCCUCAACAGAGAUAGUUUGAAAGUAUUCAUGGGCAUUUCAGGUGCUGUCCUCCUCCAUCCGUGUAGACUAGGGCUGACACCGGAAUAAAACAGUUGCAAUGGC